AUGGCAAACGAAGUCAAAAGCAGUAAAGCCGGCUCUGCGACGAUGACAAAAGCGGUUAAUAAACCUAAUUCUAAUUCAUUUUGUUGUACUAUGUUCAUUUAUACAUUUGUUUUUGUAUCCGGUGUUAUUGUUGCAACAAUUUUACCUGAUUUAGCUGGUCACCAUCUUAUACAACCUUAUGGAAAAGAAUAUAAGGUAAUGGCUCAACAACUAUGGAAAGAUUUGCCAAAACAUAUGAACAAUUUUGCUGAAAAAGCUGUCUUAGCUAGCCGAGAUAUAAUUGACCACCUUCGGGCAAUGAAAGCUGAAAUCGAUCGACGUGUUCAAGAAUUGACAAGUAAAAAUGGCGAUACAUCCACAGCAGAUCGAACUACAACAACAAAAACAACAACUACUCAACGUCCAAAAACUACAACAACAACAACAACAACAAAGCGGACAACAACUACCACUCAGAAACCAACAACAACUACCACCCAGAAACCAACAACAACUACCACCCAGAAACCAACAACAACUACCACCCAGAAACCAACAACAACUACGAUUCUAACCACAACAACAACUCCUAAACCAACAACUACUACCACUCAACCAACUACCACUACGACUCAAACCACCACAACUCCUAAAACAACAACUACUACUACUCAACCAACUACCACCACUCCUCAACCAACAACCACUACGACUCAAACCACAACAACUCCUAAACCAACAACUACUACAACUACUCCUCAACCAACUACUACCACUCAACCAACAACAACUACGACUCAAACCACAACAACAACUCCUAAACCAACAACUACUACUACUCAACCAACUACCACCACAACCCAAACAACAACUCCUCAACCAACUACCACUACUACCCAAACAACAACGACCACUCAAGCUCAUGAAGAACCUUCAACAUUGGCCACACCAAAAUUCACUCAACAUCGAGUCGUUAUUGAACCUGCUGCUGUUAAAUCAGAAGAAAAUCCAAAAAAGCCAUCACAAACAAACGAGCUUUAG